AUGAAGAGACGGUGUCCGAACAGCAAAUACAUCGGGAGAGCCCGUCUCACCAACUAUCGCUGGCAGAUCAACGAGCGUGGCUAUGCCAACGUUCUUGAAGAGGAUGGCCACUGGGUCGAUGGUCUGGUAUAUGAGAUCAACCCGGUCGACGAAGCCAAGCUGGAUAUCAACGAAGGCGUAUCCAAGAACGCCUACAUGAAGCGUAGUCUCAAGGUUCACCUGCAUCGCGCCCCAAGCACGUUGUAUCGCCGCCCGGUUUCCUGGAUCGUAAAUCAGGGUGGUCCCGCCAAGAUCGCUCGACAGGCCAAAGCGGAUGGCCACAAGUAUGCCGAGCACCAGGAGCACUGGGUACAGGAUGUUCUCGUAUACAUCAGCCUCAACUAUAUCCAGGACAGCGCACCCAAGGAGGAAUAUGUGAACCGCAUCAAUCUUGGCCUGGCUGAUGCAAAGGCCCUCGGUAUGGAUCAAGACUACAUCAGCAACUGCAUCCGCCCGUCCAUCCCAGCGCCAGAGGCCAAAGGAACCGGAGAGCGGGAUAUACUGAACCCAGCACCUCGGGGUCAGAAGCGCACAGCAUCCCCGAGGAUUCCUUCUCCGGCUCGUCGAGGUCAUCCGCCCAGCUCCCCAGGAAAACAAUCUCGCCAGGCGACCCAAAGUCCCGCCCCAAGACGAAGGGCCAAUUCCGGGCCCCCUCCCUUGCCUCCACGACCGUCCUCAGCGCGACCCGUUGUUCGAUACUCGGAUGUCCCCGUCAUUGUUGUUGAAGAGUUCUCAUACUCGACGUACUCAGCCUAA